UUGGAUCGAACGUUUGACAUUAGUUUCGGGGAAAGUUGUCGUAGCUAGUUGAUGAUUACAAAGUAGAGGGUGAAGAAAGGAGGAGUUGAGGGUGUUUAUUUCUUACUUGAAGACGGUAGUUAACCAUCUGUAAGGUCCUGAUAUUUGUUUAUUCCCUGUGGACCCCAAAGAAAUAUGCCGAGACAACGCCAACGUAUUGUUUACUGCGAUUGCUUCGACUGUCGCGAUCGACCGCAAGAGGAAGCACUCACGCCAGAACAGCUCGAUGCAGCAACCGCAGUAGCUAGGCAGGAACCGCCUCCAAAGGCGUUGGUCUUGUACGCGACCGGCAUUGUGCAAGCAUCCAAUGGCACAACCAAUCUCGACUCAUGUACUCUUCCACAUUGCAACCUGAUCGUGCGGGAGGGAAAUUUGGGUCUUCUUGCGGUCCGGAAAGCUCAGGAGGGACUUCAAGGCGGAGUAGGUUCUGGCGUUUCUCCUGCCGUGGCUGAGCUGGCGCAGUUCCUGGGCGUGUACCAGGACGCAUGCCGCCAGCCCCCCGCCGACAGCCCGGAUGCCGCCUCCGCGAGCUCCCUACCCAGCCUGGCAGCUCGCUUCAAGGGCAUGCAGGCCGCCUUCGCCUCCUCCAGCCCCGCAGCCGCCCAGCUGGCCGCUCGGCUGGGCAUGACCCUGGUGGAGCGGCUGUGCCUGGGGCGACCCACGGGACCAGACGGACCCAUGGGUCAGCCGGCAGCAGCUGCAGCAGCGACUCCGGAGGCAGCAGCAGCGGUGGCAAGCGGGGAGGAGCUGCAGCUGGUCGGUGUGCUGCCGGAGGCGGGGGCGUUCGCCCGAUUGGUGGCGGAGGAGCUGGGCGCCUCCGAGGGCAGCAGCGGUCGCGACCUGCUGCUGCUGCACCUGGAUCUGGCAGAUGUACGGCAGGCAGCGACAGCAGCUGCUGCGGGGUCAUCAGGGGC